AAAACAAAAAGCCACCAGGAAGUCUUGCGCUAAACAGUAUUUCCAGCUGACUUUUCAGGACUUCGCCUGGGGUCUUGUUUGUGUCGACAUGGACUUACUCGGAGCUGACCAGGAGGAAAAACGCUCCGAGAUGUCUGUCUCUCUGUCACACACCCGCACAGACACAGAGGCACACGGAGAGAGCAGCGUUGCCUUCUCCGAAAAGGGAUCCUACCUGCACUCAGAAGCUUUCAUACACAGGCUGGAUGAGUGCAUUGGAGAGGGGGAUGAGGAGGGAGGACAGGAAGAGGAGGAAGAUGGGGAGGAGGAGGAUGAAGAGGAGGAUGAGGAGGAGGUGCGGAUGCUCAAGCUGAGGAGGCACUUGGACCAGCUGGACGCUCUCUACUCACACACAGAGGAGAGCAUGCUGCACACCAGGGAGGAGCUGCAUGUGUGUGCUGAGCGCAUCGCUGAGCUGCAAGGAGAGAGACAAGCACUGGAGGAGCUCACACACACACACACACAACAGACAGACGAGGAGGAGGACAGUGCGAGUGUGUUUGCCAUGAGAGUGCAGUUGAAGAGUGUGUGUGAGGAUCUGCAUUCACAAGAGGAGCUACACACACACCUGGCCAUGGAGCUGCGACAAUACGAGUAA